AACCCGCAAUUACAAGAAUUUAAACGUAAGAGUCGAACUUUAAGCGACUUUUUAAACUCAUGAUAAGUAAUUAUAGUCGUGCUGCACAUGAUGUUUGAGAAGUCCUCUGAAGCAGUCCAACUCCUCCUCGCCUGUUCGGUCAGGUCCGCCUCCUGUCAGCGCUGCUGCAGAUGCCGGCUGCUCUCUCAGAGUGCUCGGUUUGUCCUCACUCCAUCACACAGUAGCCCGCGUUCGCUGUGACAAUGAAAAAGAUGACAUCGCGCUAUAAAGCUUAAUCUCGCAGUCUGAUGAGGCGUCUGGAUGCACUCUUAUUUUGGAGGCAGGAACAGGCUAUGACAUUUUCUUGGCAGCUGAAUUAGUUGGUGACAGGCUGUGCCUGCAAACAUACUUGCAACAUUAUUUGUCUUUCGGCGCUCUGUGAGCCUUACGACAUGUAUAAGUUAUGCGCUGUCUUCGUGAUGUGGUGUGCGUUAUUUCCACGCGUCUCUGCAGCGCCAAAAACCUGGGGUGAAGAUCCCAGGUUACAAUUUGAGAGCAAGGCAGAGCAAAAUGACAAGCUACAGGAGGAGGUGGAUGGCCAGGAGAGCAUCCUCUCUAAGCUGCUGGGUGAUUAUGACAAAGUGAAAGCACUCUCGGAAGGCUCUGACUGUCGGUGUAAAUGUGUUGUCAGACCCCUGAGCAGGAGCGCCUGCCGGCGGAUAGAAGAAGGGAGCGCCGCUGCGCAGGACUUCUACACUGUGGAGACUAUCACAUCUGGACCGGAGUGCAAGUGCGCCUGCAUCGCUCCUCCGUCAGCAGUCAACCCAUGCGAGGGAGAGUUCAGGCUGAAAAAACUUAGGGAAGCUGGAAAAGAGAAUGUCAAGCUGUCCACCAUCCUUGAGCUGCUGGAGGGCUCCUUCUACGGCAUGGAUUUACUGAAGCUGCACUCCAUUACCAGUAAGCUCCUGGAUCGCGUGGAACACAUUGAAAAGGCGGUGUCUCUGAACCACACCACGGGUGAGGUGAAGCCCCAGGAGAGCCCUCCGAUCCAGCCACAUGUGACUGAAAGCCCCCCCACCGCUCCCUCCCACUGGCAUCAGGACAAGAAGAGACUCAGUGAGCUCGGCGGUGCCACAGCAUAUAAAACCCCAGAGGAAAAGAAUGAGGAGAAGUUUAUUGGAGAAAACCUGUCCUACCUACAGACAGAUAGUUCUGCUCAGAUCCUUGAGAUCAAACCUCAGGUGACUCUCAAAAAUGUGGCUAACAAGGAGGCUUCUCAGGUGUCAAAGACUGGCUCCAACGGAAUGAUCAUCAGAGGAAUUACUUUUUAUAAAUCGGAGCCAGAUCCAAUGGUGGCAGAUGAUGGGGAGCCUGGAGAGAACUUUUUUGAGUACCAUGGAUUCAGUGGUGAUGGCCCAAUUAACCUCUUGAUUGAAGAGAAUCUUCUACAACACAAAGCCCCUCGCCCCAGGUCGAGGGAGGGACCUCGAUCACUCCGACCAAAGACAACCGGUUCUUUGCAUGAUUCCAAGAAGACCAGCCAAUCGUCAGAACCGAAAGAAACUGAGCCCACCUCAAAAACUCAUUACGAAUUCAUCAGUGCCAUUGGAACCACAUCAAGGGAUGUGUCUGCAGAUGUACAGAGUGACACAUCUGUCACGUUUGAACCAACCACUACCACAAAAAUAACCAGGACCACAGUCACUGAACCCCAGACUACUCAAAGAGUCACUGCCGGAAUCACUAGGUUGCCAGUCCCUUUGAUGGCUGAACCAGUCGGUACUGCUUUAGGCAUCACUGCCAAGGAAACAACCAAAACUACAGUGAACACACCCCAACCCUCUGAAAAUACAGCCACAAAGGAAAUCCUACUAGCAUUCACAACAAGAAACAUACCAACCACCAUGAUGGAAACCUCUUCUCCUUUGUUGAAAGACCAAAUGCAAACCAUACCUGGCGGUACUGCUGCUCAUUCAAGCACACUUGCACCAACUCCAGCCACAGAGGCUUCAACUGCCAGCCCAACUUCCACUGUGACCAUCACAGCCCAUGCUGCCCCGACCUCAGCACCAGUACACCCCACAACAGCCUCCACAACUGCUGCUGCCACAACACCAAGAGAGGAAAAUGAAUCGACCUUCUCUUCAGGCUCGACUUUGCCUCCUACCACUCAGACACUGAUCAAGUUGUCUCCCCACACUUCUCUACCUUUAACCACACCUGUGACUACCUCUUCUUCAGCCACUGCCACCACUGCCACCACUGCCACCACAACCACCACAACCACCACUACCAGGCAGGCUGCUCAAUUCAAAAGGAAAUACAAAAUCAGCUGGGAAGAGGAAGAGGGGGAGGAGGUACACCCAGAAUUAGACGAGCCCAUGCAAAGGCAGGAGGAAUCAACUUCAAGAAAACCCGGGGAGUGUAAGGACACUUUGGCAACAAUCUCAGAGCCAGUAACUCACAACACGUAUGGCAGGAAUGAAGGAGCAUGGAUGAAGGAUCCAAAGUCUGAUAAUGACAAAAUUUAUGUCACAAACUUCUACUACGGGAAUAACCUCCUGGAGUUCCGCAACCUGGAGGUUUUCAAAGCAGGCCGUUUUACCAACUCAUACAAGCUUCCUUACAACUGGAUUGGCACAGGCCAUGUCGUCUAUGAUGGGGCUUUCUACUACAACCGUGCAUUCUCCCGAGACAUCAUCAAGUAUGACCUGCGUCAGCGUUAUGUGGCUGCCUGGACCAUGCUGCACGAUGCUCUGUUUGAGGAGGCGUCGUCACCGUGGGAAUGGCGCAGCCACUCGGAUGUCGACUUUGCCACGGAUGAGAGCGGCCUGUGGAUCAUCUACCCGGCACUGGAUGACGAGGGCUUCUUACAGGAAGUGAUUGUUCUGAGUCGGCUGAACCCCUCAGACCUCAGCAUGCAGAGGGAGACCACCUGGAGAACUGGUCUCAGGAGAAACCACUACGGGAACUGCUUCAUCGUGUGCGGCGUCCUGUACGCUGUUGACAGCUACAACCAAAAGCACGCCAACCUGGAAUACGCCUUUGACACGCACACAAACACUCAGAUGACUCCCAGAAUGCCCUUCACCAACAACUACACCUACACCACACAGAUUGACUACAAUCCCAAAGAGGGUGUUUUGUAUGCGUGGGACUAUGGACACCAAGUAACAUACAACAUUAAGUUUGCCUAUGUAGACCCUUAGUAAGGGUUUGACAGUAGUGAUAAAAAGUUAAUUCUAUGGUUUGAAUGGAUUGUAGAUCAGUCCACAUGGCCUUCAGUACGGAGACUAACAGGGGCCAAAUGUACAAAUGUACUUCAGUAUAUAGUGACUAAACUGUUUUGUUCUUAUCAAGAUUUUUUAAAUUUUUACCUGACAUAAAUGAAACGAUGAGCCUGAUUUCUCAGUCAACGCACCAAGUUGUACUGUAUAUAUUGUAAUACUGUAACAAAAAAAAAAAAAAAAAAAGCCCUAUGAGAUAAAUGAAUGCAGGUAGAAUAAGUUCAUAUCUUGGGUCAAAUAACGCUUUCACAUAAAAGAACCAGUUCAUAGAAGCCUACUCUUUGGACAAAUUACAUUUUUCUGUUUUAUACACAUUAUUUUGUAUUACAUUUUUCUUUGCAUCAUAUGCCACAGGUCCUCCGUGUGGUAAUAUCACAGGUAUUGCUGUUGACCUUUGUCUUGUGAAAGCACUUACUGCCUCCAUAUCAGACUGUUCUGAGGAGACUACAAUAAAGUUUGGAAAUACUAA